AUGUCAUCUUUGUUGAUUUUCUUGCUUGUAUUGCUCCCUUUGGGGCAAAUUUUCCAACUCUCAGAUGCCCGGAUUUACACACUUGAAAUGCACCACCGUUUCUCUGAACCCGUCAAGAUGUGGUCGCGUGGAAGUGGCAAUGGGGUUCAAAAGUGGCCAGUUGAGGGCAGUUUGGAGUACUAUGAAGAGCUGGCCAAACAUGACCGUCUAUUGAAGGGCCGGCAUCUUUCCGAGUAUGAAGGGCCGCUCACCUUUUCGGAUGGGAAUUCAACAUUUCGUAUCAGCUCUUUAGGAUUCUUGCAUUACACAACUGUGGCAUUGGGAACGCCUGGGGUGAAGUUCAUGGUGGCCUUGGAUACUGGAAGUGAUUUAUUUUGGGUUCCUUGUGAAUGUGGGAGAUGUGCAUCUAUUGACGAUUCAUUUCAUAACCAGGAUUUUGAACUUAGCAUAUACAGCCCAAAUGCAUCAUUGACUAGCAAGGAAGUUACUUGCAGCAACAACUUAUGCACACAUCAUGCCACUUGUCUGGAUACAUUUACUCAAUGCCCUUACUCAAUAUCCUAUGUCUCUUCUGAAACUUCAACUUCUGGGAUUCUAGUGGAAGACGUUUUACACCUAAAAAGUGAACAUGACCACGAAGGAUCUCUCGAGGCAUUCAUUACCUUUGGUUGUGGGCAGGUUCAGACAGGGUCUUUUCUGGAUGUUGCAGCUCCGAAUGGUCUAUUUGGACUUGGCUUUGAGAAAAUAUCGGUUCCUAGCAUUUUGUCUCAGAAAGGUUAUACAGCUAAUUCUUUUUCCAUGUGUUUUGGCCACGAUGGCAGAGGAAGAAUCAACUUUGGAGAUGAGGGAAGCCUUGACCAGGAAGAGACCCCAUUUAAUGUUGAUUCUCUACACCCAACUUACAAUAUCAGUGUAACUCAGAUACGAGUGGGAACUGCUCUCAUCAAUUCAGAAUUUACUGCUCUCUUUGAUUCUGGAACCUCUUUCACGUACCUUGUUGAGCCUACAUAUUCAAGGAUUUUGGAAAGCUUCCAUUCACAAGCACGAGAUAAACGUCAUCAAACUGACGCGCGGAUCCCUUUUGAAUAUUGUUACGAUAUGAGCCCUGAUUCAAACACAAGUUUGAUUCCCAGUUUGAGCCUAACUAUGAAAGGAGGGAGUCGGUUUACUGUAUAUGAUCCCAUAAUAGUCAUCUCCACUCAGCACCAACUUAUAUAUUGUCUAGCUGUUGUCAAGAGUGAAGACUACAGCAUAAUUGGACAAAACUUUAUGACUGGCUACCGCAUUGUCUUCGACCGAGAGAAACUAGUGCUUGGAUGGAAAAAGUUCAACUGUUAUGACAUUGAAGAAUCAACUGCUGCAAAAGCACAAAACUCCACCAGCGUCCCACCUGCUGUAGCAGUAGGCAUAGGCAGUAACUCGUCCUUGGGAAAUAAUACGUCUGAAAAAUCCAUCGCAUCAUCUUCUUUUAAUCUCAUCUGCUUGUACCUUCAAUCUAUCAUCUUCUUGGCGGUAGUAUUCCUGUAG